AUUCUGGACACUGUAGGAUCCAGACUGUUCUGAUCACACAUCCCCCGUUGUCCCUUUGACUCGUUUUCCCUUCCCAGGGAUAAGUCCCAUGUUCCCAAGUUGUAACUUAACAUGGAGCCUGAGAGUGAGGUCAUUUCUGUGAGAGUUUGAGACCCCGACGUCUUGGUCCAGGGGCUGGUUGGCGGAGAAGGAUCUCUGCUCGACGACGGUCCUCCUAAUAGAGGAUGCUUUACGUAUUUGCUUUGACAGUGUGGUGCCUCGGACUGCCAUCAGUUUCCAGUAAAGGUUGGCAUUGACACGAGAGCCUUUUCUCCACUGAGCAUCAUGGACCCAGUUAUCAAAGGUAGAUGUGCAGUUUGGUGGCUUUUAGCAGCUGUCUGUUGGAUACUUCUUUUGGGAACUGCUAAUGGUGGCAUUAAUAUUACACAUGUGCAAAAUCCAGAGGCUAACAUGAACAUUAGCCAGAUUAUUUCCUACUGGGGCUACCCCGGUGAAGAAUAUGAUGUUGUAACAGAAGAUGGCUUCAUUCUUGGGGUUUACAGGAUCCCUCAUGGGAAAGGAAACUCCAAUAGAAAAGCUCAGCGGCCCGUUGUCUAUUUGCAGCAUGGUAUGUUUAUGUCUGCUAGUAUCUGGAUCGCAAAUCCUCCCGAGAGCAGCCUGGCCUUCGCUUUGGCAGAUGCAGGUUGUGACGUGUGGAUGGGCAACAGCCGAGGAACUGUCUGGUCCCGGAAACAUACGCACUACUCCCCAGAGUCACCCGAAUUCUGGGCUUUCAGUUUUGAUGAAAUGGCCAAAUAUGACCUCCCCGCCAUUUUGAACUUCAUUAUGAAAAAAACAAGACGAGAGCAACUGUAUUAUGUGGGUCACUCCCAAGGCACCACCAUUGCUUUUGCAGCGUUCUCCACAAACCCAAGACUAGCUCGAAGAAUCAACACGUUUUUUGCCUUGGCUCCAGUGGUUUCAGUGCAAUACAGUAAGGGGCCCCUGAAGACCCUGAUAUCCAUCCCUACACCCAUAUUAAAGGUGAUCUUCGGUAGAAAGGAGAUGUUCCCCAAAUCCUUCUGGAAUCAUUUCUUUGUCAGCCAAGUAUGCAAUCAGAAAGGGUUUGAUCAUCUCUGUGCAGACUUCCUCUUUCGUGUAUCUGGAUAUGAUCGGGAAAACCUGAACAUGAGCCGCCUAGAUGUUUAUCUGUCCCAGAACCCAGCUGGAACCUCUGUCCAGAACGUAGUCCACUGGAGACAGAUUCUGUAUUCUGCAAAGUUCCAAGCUUACGACUGGGGGAAUCCUGAUGAAAAUAUGGAGCAUUAUAACCAGGUGACUCCUCCCUUGUAUGACCUGGAAGCUGUCAAGGUACCUAUAGUCAUGUGGAGUGGAGGACAAGACCGGUUUGCUGCCCCCAAAGAAGUGGAGAAAUUGAUCCCCAGACUCUCCAAGCUUAUAUAUCACAGGAAUAUUCCAUACUACAACCAUAUAGACUUUGUGCUGGGAAUAGAUGUACCUAGUGAGUACUUCCAAGAAAUUCUUUUUUUGAUAAAACAAGACAUGAAACACUACCUAUCUUGUCCUUUUCUUGUGUCUGGUCAAGAGGCUGGAAUGUUGUAGAAUUGGGAAUGGGAA